GCCGCCAGUCGGAAGCAGGUGUUCAACAUGGCGAUCUCGGGACUUGGAUCUCACUCUAUUUCACUCUUUUUCUACGUGGUUUUCGCAACGUUGCUGCAUAAAGCGCAGGGUCAGAACCUGGUGACGAAUAACGUCUCGGUGGUCGAGGGCGAGACGGCCAUCAUCAGCUGCCGAGUGAAAAACAACGACGACUCCGUCAUCCAACUGCUCAACCCCAACCGACAGACCAUCUACUUCAGAGACGUUAGACCCUUGAAGGACAGUCGGUUUCAGCUGGUUAACUUCUCAGACAACGAGCUGCUGGUGUCGUUGUCCAACGUGUCACUCUCGGAUGAGGGACGGUACGUGUGCCAGCUCUACACGGAUCCCCCGCAAGAAGCCUAUGCAGACAUCACUGUGCUGGUUCCACCAGGCAACCCAAUCUUAGAGUCCCGCGAGGAAAUCGUGAGUGAGGGGAAUGAGACCGAGAUAACCUGCACCGCCAUGGGCAGCAAACCUGCUUCCACCAUCAAAUGGAUGAAAGGAGACCAACCACUGCAAGGUGAGGCGACUAUCGAGGAGUUAUACGACAGGAUGUUCACUGUCACCAGCCGGCUCAGGCUCACCGUCUCCAAGGAGGACGAUGGAGUGGCCGUCAUCUGCAUCAUUGACCACCCAGCCGUGAAGGACUUCCAGGCCCAGAAAUACCUGGAAGUGCAGUAUAAACCAGAAGUGCAGAUUGUAGUGGAAUUCCCAGAGGGUUUGACCAGAGAAGGGGAAAAUCUUGAGCUGACAUGCAAAGCUAAAGGAAAACCGCAGCCUCAUCAAAUUAACUGGCUCAAAGUGGAUGAUGAUUUCCCCUCCCACGCCGUGAUUACUGGCACUGAUCUCUUCAUCGAAAACCUUAACAAGUCCUUCAACGGAACGUACCGCUGUGUGGCAUCUAACUUAGUGGGAGAAGCCUAUGAUGAUUACAUCCUUUAUGUAUAUGAUGUUCUCACCACAACCCCCUCACCCACCACUACCACCAUCAACGCUUUCCAAGAUUCAAGAGCAGAUGGAGCGCCACAGAAAAUUGAUCACGCCGUCAUCGGCGGCAUUGUCGCUGUGUUUGUGUUCGCCAUGCUUUGUCUCCUGAUUGUUCUCGGACGAUAUUUUGCAAGACACAAAGGUACCUACUUUACUCACGAAGCCAAAGGAGCAGACGACGCCGCGGACGCCGACACUGCCAUCAUCAACGCAGAGGGUGGACACAACAAUUCGGAUGACAAGAAGGAGUACUACAUUUAACUGACUAGACCUGUUUGCUUCCUGUGCUGAACAGCAAACUGUGGACUGCUGGGUUGGGAGGUAGGAGUUGUGGGAUUCAAUCAGGCUGGAUUCACACCUGUGCAGCUGAAGAGACUGUGAGGAGAAGGUGCUGCCAUCGAGACGGACGGGGUGUGGGAUGGCAGAGCACGAGGAGAGCUCAAUUUAGACCGCUUCACCAUCCAACACCUCCUGCUGGGGCCGGUUUUGUUCAGUUUAAACAUUUGCUAAGAAUUUUGUGCCUUGUUCUGUUCUUACUGAAGUUCCCACUUUCAUCAGGACACCCACAAGCUACUGUCUCUCGAACAGUUCAAACCCGAGGUUAUUUUAUUUUCGUUUCAUUUUGGUUUUAAUUGCCAGCACAUCUUAACGCUCUCUCUCAUGCCGUUCUGUCUGCAGGUCUGAAAGAAAGCCAGAUUCGGUCACAGAAUAAUCAAUUGGGUUGUUUUCAUGGAUUGAUUCCAAGUAAUUUAUUUGGCAAAUUGCCUGUUGCUCUCCUUAGUCCCUCAAAGAAUGACUUAAAGAAGAUAGAAACCACUUUUGUUGCAGUAUUGUGUUGUUGCAUUAUUUAUUAGAUAUACUGUAUUUGAUUAUAAUCGGCUUGUGUUGAUAUUAGGGCUGUCAAUUGAACACAUUACUUCAAUGCGAUUAAAUAUUUAAAAAAUGACGUUAAGUCAAUAAUGCCCCUGAUCCAUAUGUAAAUUUUGUCAAUGACAUUACAUAUUUUUGUCCAAUCUAUUUAUUUAUUCAAAUUAUUAUUAUUA